AUGGACGCUCUCUGCUCCUCACAUCGCCGCGUCCGUCUCGGCCGCCGUGAGAAGCCGGUGCCAUUGGACCUCAGCCACCACUACUCCGUCGUCACCAAGCGACGGAUGCCCUCCAAGAUCAAGGAGGCAUACAAGUUCUUUCGGAUCCCAGGCAUCUUGAACGUUGCUGGCGAAGCACAAGCAGCAAAGCCAGAAAGAUGGACGCCAUCGCCAAACCACCCUGGCGAGACUGCAGUGCCACCAACAUCAUCGCCGGAUCCGGCAGCAGCCACCCAUAUCGUAGUACCCAAGGUAGUGGAUGAGAGCGACCCGGUGAAGAAGAUUGACCUUACCACGGUGCUACAAUACGGCCUCGCUGCCGGUUAUCCGCCGCUAUUGUCAUGGGUGCGCCAAUUCACCCGCGAGAAUCUGCAACAAGACACUCCCUAUAAGGGCGGGCCCGAGGUGAUUCUGACCUGCGGCUCGACCGACGGCUUCUCCAAGACGCUGGACCUGUUUGUUGACCAGUGGACUGAGGGUGUCAAUGAUAUCACCGAGCGCCCGGGUCUUCUUUGCGAGCCAUUUGUGUACACCAACAUCCUCGGCCAGGCCCAGCCGCGUGGCGUGCAGGUCGUAACCGUAAAGGCGAAUGAAUCCGGCAUGGUAGUAAAGGGACUAGGCGGCCUGGAAGAUGUUCUGGCAAACUGGGACCCUUCCAAGGGGAAGAGGCCGCACCUCAUGUACACUGUCACCCUCGGUCACAACCCCACAGGCAUCGUCCUCUCUGUCGAGCGCAAGAAGGAAAUCUACGACGUCUGUAGCAGAUAUGACGUGGUCAUAGUCGAGGAUGAGCCGUACUGGUACCUCCAAUUCCCUUCCGCCGCCAUCGAAGAAGCCAAAUCCCGCGGUCUGCCACCGCCGCCCGCCUCUUCGCACCCCAAACCCCGCCGCUCCUCAGGCUACCCUUUCCUCGACUCGCUCACGCCGUCCUUCCUCUCACUCGACACCGACGGUCGCGUAGUGCGCCUGGACACCUUCUCCAAAACCGUCGCGCCGGGCUGCCGCCUGGGCUGGAUCACGGCACAACCAGCACUCAUCGAGCGGUUUGAGCGCAUCGCCGAGUCGACGACGCAGCAGCCAUCAGGCUUCGUACAGGGCCUGAUAUCCGAGCUCGUCCUCGGCAGCAACGGUAGCGGCAGCGCGUCUAGCGCCGCCUUCUCCCUCCUGCGCUCCCCACGCGACCGCGCCGCCUUCACCGGCUGGGACACCUCAGGCUGGGUACGCUGGCUCGAAGGCCUGCGCGGCUCCUACGAGCGCCGCGUCGCGCGCAUGUGCCGCACCCUCGACGCCGGCGCCACCCUCAUCACCACCGCCCCCGCCCCCACCUCCUCCUUGGACUCCGACUCAGACGAAUGGGCGCCGCUCGCCGUAUCCAAAACCACGCUCUACUCCUUCCGCUGGCCGCGCGGCGGCAUGUUCAUUUGGCUGCGCGUGCACCUCGAGACCCACCCGCUGUGGCAGGCGCGCGGGCCCGGCCCGCACCUGCCCGUGCUGGACGGCCCUGCCCUGGCCGCCGCCCUCAUGAUCUGGCUGACGACCAAGCCCUUCCGCGUGCUGGUCGCCACGGGGUCCAUGUUCAGUGCCAAUGAUGAGGUGCGUGUGGAGAAGGGGUGGCAGUAUCAUCGGAUUUGUUUCGCGGCCGAGGAGGAGGGGAAUGUGGAUCUUGCGGCGGAGCGGUUUGUGGAGGGGGUGAGGCGGUUCUGGGAGGUGACAGAUGUGAGGGUGGUGGGAAGGUUGUUGGGGGAGUUGGGGCCGAGUGGGGAGGUACAGGCGCUGGGGGAGGGCGUGAGUAGUUUGGGGUGGUAUAUGGGCUGUUAA